AAAAAAAAAUUUGGUCAAGUUUAAAAUGAAGAAAAUAGCAGAAUCAAUAAAAGUCUACUACUGAGAGUUAAAUUUUGUUACAUUUGUAAUUCAUAAGUGUUUACAAUUUCUGAAAAGAAUGGAGAAAGCUGAAAUAGUUAGAGGAUGUACAGAGAAAGGACUUGGACUGGGAAAUCAUUUGGAUUGGGAAGGGGAGAAGGAAGAAACAAGUGUUCUAGGUGAGAACAACCUAAGUAAAAGUACAAAUGUUGAGAACAGUGUAACUAGAGUAGAGAACAUAUAGAGUUCUAUUACCUUCUUCAAACUUCUAUAGCUAGCUAAUAAGAGGGCAAAACUAAGUUUUCUGAUGCCUGUAAUUUUCUUCACAAUUCUUAAAAGGGACAGGAACAAUGAUACAGGGAAAGGGAAAGAUUUUUGCAGCAAGAGCUUGCUUUAUUCUGGCACACUGAAGCUUUGAGGAGAUGUCCUUUAUGGCCCUUUAUCUCCCAACUUGAUGUGGGUUAAUUCUAUUUGAUAUUUCCAGGAGGAGCUUGCCAUCCAACAGGGUCAACUGGAGACAAUCCUGAGGGAGCUUCAGUCCCUGAAGAACAUGCAGAAGGAUGCUAUUGCUGAUUUCAAGGUUUCCAGGAAAACAAGCUACAUCUGCAGCAACAUGUAUCCUUGGAGUUUCUAAAGCUGCAUCAGUUCCUGCACAACAAAGAAAAGGACAUUUUAAACGAGCUCCGGGAAGAGGGGAAAGCCUUGAAUGAAGAGAUGGAGCUGAAUAUGAACAAGCUUCAGGAGCAGGGUCUCCUAGCCAAGGACUUGUUGGUGAGCAUUCAGACACGGAUGGAACAGCAGAACUCCUUCGACUUUCUCAAAGACAUCACAACUUUGUUGGAUAGCUUGGAGCAAGGAAUGAGGUCAUUGGCACCCAGAGAGCUCAUCUCCAGAAAGCUGAACCUGGGCCAGUUCAAAGGUCCCAUCCAGUACAUGAAGUGGAGGGAAAUGCAGUCCACUGUCUCUCCAGGCUUAUGUCCACUAACUCUGGACCCUAAAACAGCUCACCCAAAUUUGGUACUCUCCAAAAACCGAACCAGUGUGUGGCAUGGUGACGUUAAGCAGGUAUUGCCCGAUGAUCCAGAGAGGUUUGACUCAAGUGUGGCUGUGCUGGGCUCAAAAGGAUUCACAUCUGGAAAGUGGUAUUGGGAAGUAGAAGUAGCAAAGAAGACAAAAUGGACCCUCGGAGUUGUUAGAGAAUCCAUUAUUCGGAAGGGCAGCUGUCCUCUAACUCCUGAGCAAGGAUUCUGGCUUUUAAGACUAAGGAACCAAACUGAUCUAAAGGCUCUGGAUUUGCCUUCUUGUAGUCUAAAACUGAUGGACAAACUCAACAGGGUGGGCAUAUACCUGGAUUAUGAAGGAGGGCAAGUGUCCUUUUACAAUGCUAAAACCAUGAUCCACAUUUAUACCUUCAGUAGCACUUUCACAGAGAAACUUUAUCCCUACUUCUGCCCCUGUCUUAACGAUGGUGGAGAGAAUAAAGAACCAUUGCACAUCUUACAUCCACAGUAAUUAUACUAUUGUAUAAAUUCAGAGUGAUAUUAAAGAGGUAUUGAAAUAAUUUA